GCUGAAGGAUCAAUAGCGAGAGAUCGGGUGCGCCGCUGAGACGCUGCUUAGCGAGAAGAAAUACUGUAAAAAAAACAAAAAAACUAAACAAGCGUAACAUUUUUUUUUUUUAGACAUUACGUACCAGCAGCAGCCGCCGUUAGCCACAAUGAACGGACAGAUGAACGGUUUUCAUAACUCCUUCAUUGACGAGGACUGCUUCUUGUUCACCUCAGAGUCGGUCGGAGAAGGACACCCCGACAAGAUCUGUGAUCAGAUCAGCGAUGCAGUUCUCGACGCCCAUCUCAAGCAGGAUCCCGAUGCCAAGGUUGCAUGUGAGACCGUUGCCAAGACUGGAAUGAUCCUGUUGGCCGGUGAGGUGACAUCUCGUGCCACAGUGGACUACCAGAAAGUUGUCCGCGACACCAUCCGCCAAAUUGGAUACGAUGACUCCUGCAAAGGCUUUGACUAUAAGACCUGCAAUGUCCUUGUGGCAUUGGAGCAGCAGUCUCCUGAUAUCGCUCAGGGUGUUCACAUUGACCGCAACGAGGAGGACAUUGGAGCAGGGGAUCAGGGCUUGAUGUUUGGAUAUGCCACUGAUGAGACGGAUGAGUGCAUGCCUCUGACGAUUGUCCUUGCCCACAAGCUGAACGCUAAGAUGGCAGAGUUGCGUCGUGAUGGCACCCUUCCAUGGCUCCGGCCAGACUCAAAGACACAGGUGACUGUUCAGUACCGCCAGGACCGUGGUGCCAUGCUUCCAGUGCGUGUGCACACAAUCGUCGUUUCUGUUCAGCACGAUGAGGACAUCUGCCUGGAGGAGAUGAGAGACGCCCUGAAGGAGAAAGUCAUCAAAGCCGUCGUUCCAUGCAUCUAUUUGGAUGAUGACACAAUCUACCAUCUGCAGCCCAGUGGCCGAUUUGUUAUUGGAGGCCCACAGGGUGAUGCUGGCCUGACGGGCCGUAAAAUUAUUGUUGACACUUACGGAGGCUGGGGAGCCCAUGGUGGCGGUGCCUUCUCUGGAAAGGAUUACACGAAGGUGGACCGUUCUGCUGCUUAUGCUGCACGCUGGGUAGCCAAGUCUCUGGUGAAAGCUGAGCUCUGCAGGAGAGUGUUGGUCCAGGUGUCCUAUGCUAUUGGAGUUGCCCACCCACUUUCCAUUUCCAUUUUCCAUUACGGGACCUCAAACAAGAGUGAGAGAGAGCUGCUGGACAUCGUGAAGAGGAACUUUGAUCUCCGUCCUGGAGUCAUUGUCAGGGAGCUGGAUCUGAAGAAGCCCUUGUAUCAGAGGACCGCAGCCUAUGGCCACUUUGGCCGAGACUCCUUCCCAUGGGAGGUGCCCAAAAAACUCAAAUACUAAACCUGUUAAGCUUUUCCCCCCCAGGCUUGUUGGUGUAUACUACAGAGAAGCCAGCAAGGUUCCGGGGGGUGAAAUGCGCUUAUCUCUUUUCAUAAUAAUGGUAUCAUUUAACACAUGACUCCCUCUCUCACUCCCUCCACCUCCCUCCUUUUUGUCUUGUUACUGUUUUUCUGUUGGUUGCACUAUCAUACUGGGUCAUAGGAGGCAUGCCUCAGAAAUUUGAUGUUUUAAAGAAUCGGAUGGGUUCCAUGAACUCAUGCUCCAUGGUACUUCAUGUUCUCCCACGUCUCGAGGUUCCCAUGCUCCUCAUUGUGAUUGAAUAGCAGCCUUCAGUUCUCCCUUUUUGGCACUCCAGUCGUCAAUAUUGUCAGUCAUUCAGUGUCAUGGCGGUAGCAUAUUAGGCUAUAUGCGAUACCCCUCUUAAUUUACUGGUGCUACUGAUGUAAGGAGUCUGUGCGACAUCUGACAUUUCUAAGUCCAUUUAGAAGCAUAAUUUGAUAGUUGGAGGGUCCUCUAAUCCGGCAUCUUUCCAAACAAGUUGAGCUUCUUUCUAAACAUUCCUCCUUUGUCUAUCUGGUACAUUUGUUCCCUGACCCGCUGUUUUUUUUUUUUUUUUUUUUUUUUUUUUUUUUUAGCUUUAUCCCCUCGUCUUUGUGGAGGAUGCUAGAAUGGCACAAUUAAAAUUCAAGGGUUGUUGCUGUUAUCACAAAAAAAUGCUAUGCAUUGCAGGCUAAGGGGCGAACCAAAUCCUAAUUAUUCAAGCUCUCAAAUGAGCGUAACGCCUCAGAUGCCUCUACAGACCUUUGCUGUUUUCUGACGUAAUACAGAAAAGUCAGAAGCUGCUAUGUCACUGCUCUGGUCUGCAGAGGUAUUGGUUAUACUUGAUGAUAUAAAAUUGGAUUGUUUAUGCAUUGAAAUUCAAUUUUAAUGAGUCCUUUUUUUUAAAUGUACUUUCACUUGCGUUUUUUUAUGGUUUGAUGUGACUAAUGGCCCUUUUAUACUCCCUAAGUAUAUGGAUGGCAGGUGUAGCUACAGAGAAACCUGGUUCCCAUCUUUAUAAUUAGUGGAGUGUGUUCUUUGCCACAAAGUCUUAUUGGCUAGGACUCGACACUAUUUAUUUGUUCUCUGAAACUCGGUGUGGAUACAGAGAAGCUGAGUUUUCAGAAGGCAGCUUUAAACAUACUUGGUUAUUGAAUCACAAAUUCCUUUUGACUUGACCAUUUUUCAGUGUUUUGCGUGAGGCUCCAGAGUGUUGUACAGAAAAGCUUUGGUCUGCCUCAGCUGGCUACUGUUGAUGGCAAUUUUACAACUUUUUUAUUUGUGGACGAUCUUCUUUUUUAGGUGGGUUAGUUUUGAAAUCCCCUUUUAAAAUGUCCAGUGCAAUUCUUUGGCACUCCUGUCCUCAUUAAUGGACUGGCAACAUUUGGUUGGUGUAGUACAGAGAAACCAGCCUUGUUUACACGGCCGUCCCAUGUGUUGGAUAGAGUUUCGAGUUUUGGUUUUGUUCCCUUUUACCACCCGGAGGUCAUCCCGUUGGCUACAGUAAGUGUUAAGAGUGCCUUUUCUAUUUCCUCUACUCCCUUCUUACUUUUGUCCCCCUCCUUCCAACAUGCGUUCAACUUCCAGAGGAACAAGUAGCUCAUACUGUAUGCUUCAUGUCUAGACUGGGUAGUUUCCUUAUGCUCUGUAAUAAACGACUACUCCUCACA